CAGACGAUGCAGCCGUCGCCAGCGCGCCCCUCGCGCAAACACCGUGAACGCGACCCGGCUCAGCCCACAGAUCUCGCAGAGAAACUGAUCGCUCUUCAGCGCAGGAAUCAUGCGUACGUUCAUCCUCCUUUUCUCGCACACCCCCUCUCACCAGCCAGCAGCCCAUCACCACGCACAAGAGAGAGGGCAGAACGUCCUGCUCCAGUAGGCGCCCGCUCGCCACCGUCCAAACCACCUCCGCCACCCUCACAACCCCAACUCAUCGUCUCCCAGCCCGAUCCAGACGACUUCUCCAGGCGGCUCCAGAUAUCCUCCUCCCCUCGCCCAUCCCACACAAUCUCCAAUGCGAAACUAUUCAACCCCGACGCAGAUCCCAUCCCCAUGCGUCGCACACACGAACCAGAACCCAUGUCGGACUCGCCAGGCAGCUCCCAUGCUCGCCCAGCGCCGAAACCGCAGUCGAACCAGCUGCGGGAACCACCACAGCAGCAACGCCAGCUGUACGACUAUCGCCGCGACGAUCCCGUACGCUUCUCCGUGCAGGCUCGCAAACCGACGCCCACCCCCAAAUCUUCUGGCGACUACAUCUCCGUCUCCUCCGCAUCUUCCUACGCUCAGUCCAUCGCCUCCUCCAGUUUCACUCUCUCCUCGAGCACCACCGACGGUUCGUCCGCUCCCUCGUCAUUAUUUGACCGCAAGCCCCGCGAUGAGUCACGGACCAACAACGCUUUCUCAGCUCAACUGAAGAAGUUGUAUCGAGACAUCUCCGCUCUCGAGACAAAGAUCCUUCGCGAUGAUGCGGACGACGGUGCUGAGGAGAGUAGGACGGUGCUUCGCCCGGGUCCUGAACUCACGUCAGAGGACGCGGAGAAGACUCGGUGGAAGAAGAUGAUCGAGGAUCACAAGUCACUCGCUGAGAUGAUGCAUCAUCUACUCGAGAUCUCCCUCGCACCGAGCGUUCCCGCAUCUCUACGAAAUAUACCUGAAAAGUACAAUAUCAUCAUUCGCCUCUGGUCACACGCUUUCCACCGCCUCCUCGAGAACCUCCGUCGAUCCUCAUUCACCUCCCAAGUCGCCCUCGAGCACCUCCAAGACUUCAUCUACUACUCCUACACCUUCUACACCGGUCUCCUCGAGGAACGCAACCUCAGGGAUUACAAGUCUGGAUGGCUAGAAGCUCUCGGUGACCUCGCGCGCUAUCGCAUGGCCGUCGCUGCCAUGGUCAAUCCUCCGGUCCCAUCUGGCGCUACACUUAGCGCCGGCUCCAUGCUUGCUGCGGACAGGUCCGAAUCGCCAUCGUCGCUCAACCCAUCGCGCGCAAUGAGCGCCAUCAGUGAGAAACCCGCAGCUCGCAUCGACGACUCGCCAUCACCGAGCGUUGGUAUCGUGGCAGCACGAUUGUUCGAUCUCGAGCCCGAGAAAGUUCGAUGGCGGAAUAUCGCUCGUGAAUGGUAUUUCGAGGGCAUCACCGACACUCCAAACAACGGCAAACUUCAUCAUCAUCUUGGUCUCCUCUCUCGCGAAGCCGAAGGGGAGGAUCUGCGGGGAGUUUACCAUUUUACGAAGAGCAUGAUCGCCUACCACCCCUUUCAGACAUCGCGUGAAUCAGUGCUCCCGAUGUGGACCCAAGCCGCGCAGGCGCGGCGCUCGGGUCCCGACGCGACCUCCACCGACCUCUUCGUUCUCCUCCACGGGAUGCUCUUCACCAACAUCCAGCUCGACGACUUCGCGCCCUCGCUUGGACGGCUCCUCGAGCGUCUUGCGCACGAAGAUCCCGAAGGCCGUGAAUGGACGAUGAUGGCCUGUGUGAAUAUCGCGUCGUUAUUGGAGUAUGGGAAGCCGCAGGGGAUCCUGAGGCGGAGUGGGGCAGCUGGAAACUCUGUCGCGACGGGACCGGCGGCUGUUGCGGCGAAGGUGAAGUUGGCUAGGAAAGUGGAGGAGAAGAUGGACGUGGACGGUGUGAACGUCGAGACGUCGCCUGCCCUCGAGGAGCUCGACGUCCCGGAGCAACCGAGCGCAGCGUUCCAACUCGCCGCGCAACUCACCUUCGCGAUGCUCGACCAGGUCUUGGAUCACCCAGAGCGAAGAAUAGGAGCGUACGGACCCGCGACAUUAAACCCGUACCUGACCGUUCUGCUCACCUUCCUCGCUACCGUCCUCCGGCACCCGGUCGGCCUCGCUUCGCUCGAGCGAUUGGUCCCCUGGGCUAAGCUCGCGAGGUUCUUCUCCCAGUCGCCGAGACAUGCGAUCAAGAGGGCGACAGCGAGCCAGAGCGAGACGUUGGCUGCGCGUGCGGGGUUGCCUGAGGAUUGGUGUAUUCGUGGGAUGGCAUGGGGUGGUCGGAGGCUGUUCGAGCGUGGGUUCUGGAAACAUGAUGAGGAAAGGAAGAUGGAGAUGGAGGUGUUGGACGAGAUGGAGGCGUUUGGGGCUGGGCAGGGAGAUGGGAUGAUUGAGGACGAUGAUGAGGAUGAGGAGGAGGUCGAUGGGAAGUUGCCGAGGUCGUUGAAUGAGAAGAGGUGGCAGAGGACGGCGUGGGCGGGGACGAGGUUGGCGAAGACUGUUAAUGGGUUUAAGUGGACGGAGGGUAAGGCCGAGUGGUGGGUUGAGGGGGAGUUGCAGGCGAAGGUGCAUAUGUGGGAAGAGGAGAAGAGACAAGAGAGGGAUGAGGAGGAGCGGAGGAAACGCGGGCGGAGGUGGGCGGAUGAGGGUGCGGAUAUGAUGGAUGUGGAUGAGGAGUUGGAGGGCGAAGACGAGGAGGAAAGCGAGGAUGAUGAGAGUGAUUCUCAAGAAGUGAGGGCGCUCAAGGCUCGCCGGCGUCAUCUUCGGGCUCUCUUGCAGUCUUCGCGGCAGGCUGGACCGUCCUCGUUGUCCUCCGGCUCCAUCUCACGGAAAUCCCAGCCCAGAACACCACGCAAGUCGGCCUCCACUCGGCCCCUCCUGCGCAUCGUACCAGGCUACACCGUCCUCGUCGUCGACACCAACAUCCUCCUCUCUUCCCGCGCUGAGGUCUCGUCGCUUAUCACCUCGCACAAGUGGACCGUCGUCAUUCCGCUCCCGGUCGUCAUGGAGCUCGACGGCCACGCGCUCAAUCCUACACCGCUCGGCGAAGAAGCGAAAUCCGCGCUCAACUUCCUCGUUUCGCAUAUUCGGUCGCAUCCGACGUCACUGAAGGUGCAGACCUCCAAGGGCAACUACCUUUCCUCCCUCAUUAUCCGGAGGGAACAGGUCGAUUUUGACGAUCCCGAUGCGUGGGAAAGGAAUAUGGACGACUUGAUCCUCAAGGCUGCGAUCUGGCAGGACGAGCACUGGGCGGAUCGGUCGGCGUUCUUGAGGAUCGACGAGACGGAGAGGAGGGAUACGAAGGGCGCUGCGAAGGUGGUGCUCUUGAGUCUGGAUAGGAUGUUGCGGUUGAAGGCGAGAUCGAGGCAGUUGGACGCGGCGGAUGAGAAGGAUAUGGCGUUGCUGUUCAGUGCGCCAUGACCAUUCGGCGGCUCGUCGUAGUCAGUCCAGUGAACUACGUUUUCACUCACCCCAAACUCAAAAGCCACCCGCCGCAGGCCCACCCGUCAUUAGCGGGAGAGCUCGACAUCCACCACAGGCCCAUUCGUUCGGUGUUGAUCUCGCCUCUUUCGCUCCGGCCGGUCCUGCCGCCCAGUCUUUCUCUCUGGCGCUGUCUCUCGUCUGCAUCCUUGUCGGUUCUCCGUCUUGUUCUCCCCAUUCGGUCUGAUUCAUCGUCAUCUCACCAUGGACUCCAUCACCAUUGUUUUACCUCCCUCAUCUCUCAUCUCUCACUGUCAUCGCUUUCCUGUUUUCUUUUUUUUUCGCCUGCUGUGUGUGUUUCUAAUCCCUUUACUUUCUUUUUUCUGCCUUUUCUUUUCUUAUUGGAACACUUUACUGCCAUAUACAUCGUUGCAUCAUUCCUUCUCUGUUUUGGGUGUGCUCUUCCUUUACCCCUUCGUAUAUCUACAUUCCCCCAAUCAUUAAGUCUCUAUUCCUCUACGCCUCCUUUCCGAAUUGUGCUCCGGACUGCCAGUCUAUCAGCAUUUGUGUGUUUAUUACACUGUCCACUCGUUGUCUUGUCUGCUUAUGCUUCUCACUUCGGGGCUUUUCAGCCCGUACAUACACUCCUUAAAAUCCAUUUCACUGUUUAUUCCCGUCUCAUCAGCAUUUCAUCGAGCACCCACCUAUCAACUAUCCAUCACCAACUACUCAGUACUCUCGGCGGACUAUCACUGUCGUGUCCUGUUCGUAUCGUCUGGGCCUAUAGCUACCUGGUUAACUUAUUCUUCUCCGUAACUCCCUGAUUUCCCUUUCUGUCCCUCGACGUGAUUUUUUUCAUCCUUUUUAUUCCUUCUGUUUUCUCG